AUGAACGGGCUUCGCGUCGAGAUGCGCGAAUGCGCGUCGGAAAAGUUUGGGUGUCCGUGCGACGGCCCCAAAAGUCGUACCGUCGCCUGCCCCGAUUCACUUUGCACAUUUCCGCUCAUCACGUGCGCCGACGGUCAUGCUAAGAAACUGAACCUAACGAGUAAAGUCUACACCUGUCAACCGAUCAUCCCGGUCGUCCAGGACGCGGCUAACCCGAGUUUCAGUUGCAGCAUGACCGAAACGAUUGACUGCCCAAGAGUGCCGGCCGGCGGACUCUGGUCGGCAUGGACAAACGUGGCAGGAACAACUUGCACGGCUACAUGUGGAGGGAAAGGGACGAUUCCGCAGAUACGCACCUGUUUGACCUCGGUGGUUCAACCCUGCAGUGGAAACGCAACCAGAACGGCACGAUGUCCGCCACAACCUUGCCCCGAUGGGAGUUGUGCUGCCAACCAAUCUAAGGUGAGGUUUACGAUUUCUGGUCAAACCGUGGAUCGAUGUGGAUAUGAAGUUCCGGAUCAAGGGACACCCUGCUUCCCGGCCGGCUGCAACAUGGUUACCACGACGAAAACCUCGACGCCCACAACCGCUACGAAACCUAGCCCGACUACAAAAAGCACUACCACCAGCACAUCUACGACGACGACCACGAAACAAGUGGAGUGCGAUGGCUGGUUCACUUCUGUUUACACGGGGAACUGCUGGAAGCUGCUCGACACCAAAUAUACGUUCGAUGAGGCGAAGAUCCAGUGCGAAAGCAUCGGCGCCAUCUUGCCGAACCUCCAUAAUGGGAUCGACGCUGAUGAAUUUGCCGAA